CAAGUGAACUUUUACUUCCUUGUGCAGACGGACGGAUAGAGGAAGUGCUCGUCCCGCCGCUGGCCUUCGGCUCAACGCUCCGCAUCCUCUCCGGCUCCGGUUCGCACCAUGAGCGGCUAGAAAGGCGGCGGGGAGUCGGUGCAGCCGCGACCUGAGGAGCUCAGCCGUCAGCUGCAGAAAAUGGCCCGUUCGGGGCAGCAGGGCGAGAUGACGGAGUACAAGAAGAUCCUGAUCAAGCGGGACUUGGAGAUGGGCGUCGUGAUGACGGUGUUUCGGCAGAAGGCCGAGCGGCUCACCGUGCAGGUCAUCAUGGAGACCCGGCAGGUGGCCUGGACCAGAACCGCAGACAAGACGGACGGCGUGUUGGAUCUGUCUGAGAUCAGGGAGGUUCGUCCGGGAAGGAACUCCAAGGACUUUGAGCGCUUUAAGGACGGGAAAGACAAACACGACGAGAACACCUGCUUCACCAUCUUCUACGGAUCGCAGUUUGUCCUCAGCACCCUCAGCCUGGGAGCGGAUUCUGUGGACGAGGCUCAGAAAUGGCUGAUCGGACUGGAGCUGCUGAGGGAAGAGACUCUGGCAGCUCCGACUCCGGUUCUCAUAGAGAGCUGGCUGAGGAAGCAGAUGUACUCGGUGAAUCAGACCAAGACAAACAGCAUCUCCUUGAAGGAACUGAAGGCUCUGCUUCCUUCUCUGAACUACAAAGCUCCCAGCUCUCGAACCCUCAAAGACAAAUUCCUGGAGGUCGGAGCGAAGAAAGAGCGCCUGGACUUCGAGCAGUUUCACAAAUUUUAUAACCUCGUCAUGUUUGAACAGAACGAGAUCCUCGAUGAGUUCAAAAAGGAAACGUGUGCGUUUAUUCUGGGUAACACGGAUAAACCAGAAGCUUCGGCCGUUCUGCUGCACGACUUCCAACGAUUCCUCAUCUACAACCAAAAGGACCUCUGGGCCACUGAUCUGAACCAGGUCCGAGAACUGAUGACCACCUUUAUUGACGACACCAUGAGGAAAACCAACGACCCGGAGUUCACCGUCAGCGAGUUCCUCGGGUACCUGUUCUCCAAGGAGAACUCGGUGUGGGACGAGAAGUUCUCCGAGAUCAGCAACCUGGACAUGAACUACCCGCUGUCGCAUUACUGGAUCAGCUCGUCGCACAACACCUACCUGACAGGUGACCAGCUCCGCAGCGAGUCGUCCACCGAGGCCUACGUUCGCUGCCUGCGUCUGGGAUGUCGCUGUGUUGAACUGGACUGCUGGGAAGGUCCCGGGGAGCCCAUCAUCUACCACGGCUGGACCAGGACGACCAAGAUCAAGUUUGAGGACGUGGUCAAAGCCAUCAACGAGCACGCCUUCGUCACCUCAGAGUUCCCGGUGAUCCUGUCCAUCGAGGAGCACUGUCCUCUGGAGCAGCAGCGUCAGAUGGCCCGGAUCUUCAGGGACGUGUUUGGAGACAAGCUGCUGACCGAACCCGUGGAGCAGAUGGCCGAGCAGCUGCCUUCGCCCACGCAGCUGAAGGGGAAGAUCAUACUCAAGCACAAGAAACUCAGCGUGGAGGGAGGAGGCAUCACCAAAGACUUCAGGAAGGGCCAGAAGCAGGGAGACCUGGAGAUCUGGGACCCUGUAGACCGGCGGUGGAACAAGCACUACUGCGUGAUCUCCGACGACAAGCUGUACUACGCAGAGGAGUACGAAGAGGAGGAGGAAGACCUCAGGAAGUACCAGGAGCUGCACUCCUCAGAGCCGUGGUUCCACGGUCAGAUGAAGGAGGGCCGGCUGAUGGCCGAGCGGCUGAUCCCCGGUUACUGCGCGACGACCGGGGGAAGAGACGGAACCUUCCUGGUCCGACAGAGCCAGACCAUCGCCACGGACCUCACCCUCUCCUUCUGGCGCGGUGGACGAGUCCAGCACUGUCGUAUUCGCUCUGGUUCUGAAGGCGGCCACGCCUACUUCUUCCUGACGCCGAACCUGCACUUCCCCAGCGUCUACUCCCUGAUCCAGCACUACAGAGAAAUGCCGCUGCGCUGCCAGGACUUCGAGCUGCGCCUCACCGACGCCGUGCCGAAGCCCAACCCGCAUCUACAGGAAAAGUGGUUCUACAGCAACCUGAGCAGAGGUCAGGCCGAGGAUUACCUGCUGAGGAUCCCCAGAGACGGAGCCUUCCUGAUCCGGCAGAGAGAGGGAGAGCAGGACUCGUACGCCAUCACGUUCAGAGGCGACGGUAAAGUGAAGCACUGCCGGAUCCAGAAGGAGGGCGACAUGUACCUGCUGGGCACCACCACCGAGUUCGAGAGCCUGGUGGAGCUCGUCGAGUACUUCAGGAAGAAGCCGCUGUAUCGCAAGAUCAAGCUGCGUUACCCGGUGACGCCCGAACUGGUCGACCGCUUCAGCACGGUGAGGUUGACGCUGUCCACUUGUUGUCGUCUCCGCAGGAGGAAAGGUGACUGCGGCGGGAAGAUGCAGCUGUUCUUUCCCGCCAACUACGUAGAAGAGCUGUCCACCAACAGCCUGGCCGACGGCAAAGCUCAGGACACGGAGGACAACCCGCUGGGGGAACUGUGCAAAGGUGUCGUGGACAUCUCCAAGUGCAACAUCCAAAACUGUGAGUACACGAUACGAACGUCCAUCGGCGGCUGCCGGCGCUGGUCGACGUGCUGUAACAGUCGCUCAGAUUACAUCUCAGUACAGUCGGACCGCCGCUCACACUCGUCUUUGUGGUUUCGCUGCUGCUCUGUCAGCGCCGCCGUGCAAACGAGAGGUUUCUGUCUUUCUGUCCAACCUCAGAUGAGGCAGCAGGAGGAAGUGGAGAAGAAGGCAGAGGUUGCCAUGGAGAUGUCUGACCUGGUGGUCUACUGUCAGCCACGCAGCAAAGAGAAGGACCGCUUCGAGUCUUACAACUACAAAGAGAUCCGCUCCUUCGUGGAGAACAAGAUUCCUGGAAAGAGUCGCACCAAAGACUUCCUGCAGUACAACCGCAAAGCUCUGAGUCGCAUCUACCCCAAAGGCCAACGCGUGGAGUCGUCCAACUACGAUCCAUACCCACUGUGGGCCGUCGGCUGCCACAUGGUGGCUCUCAACUUCCAGACUGCAGAUAAAUACACCCAGCUGAACAGCGCCCUCUUCAGUCUGAAUGGAUGUACAGGCUACGUGCUGCAGCCGGAGCCGAUGCGAUCCGACAGCUACGACCCUUAUCAGGAGAAGAGGAAGGUCAAGUACAACAUCAGGGUCAAGGUGAUCGCUGCCAGACACCUUCCUAAACCCGGCCGGAGCAUCGCCAGUCCGUUUGUGGAGAUCGAGCUGUGUGGACACACCGAGGAGAAGUUCAAAACCAUCGUCUACCGUGACAACGGCCUGAACCCGGUGUGGAAAACCCCGGCAGAACCGGUGGAGUUCACCGUGUACGAGCCUGAGCUCACCUUCCUGCGCUUCGUGGUCAACGAGGAGGACAUGUUCUCAGACCCCAACUUCCUGGCUCAGGCCACGUUUCCCGUCAAAGGCCUCCGCUCAGGUGGGAAGUGACACGAAGCUCUCGAAGGCCUCAGUCUGAAACCAGAGCACGACUUCAUUCGCUUUGACACUUUUUAUUUCAACUCUGACUCAGAUUUCCGCAUUAAGCUGCUGUUUGACGCCUGCUAUGAAUACUUUCACCCAGUUCAGACACGUUUACCUGCACACACAGUAACAGCAGCAGCUCCUCUCCUUUGAUUUAGAAUUAAAUAUCACAGUGAACAUCUUUUAGUGUUUAGUAGUCGAUAAAACUAAAUAUCAGCCAGACAGUCUGAUCUACGUGAUCACAUCAUGAUAAUUUAACACAUUCAGUGUCUCACCUGCCUGCAUGAAGGACUACGGAGCCCCAAAGGGUUUAAUCAU